GCCAAACGGAGCCUCCCCUUUGCUGCGACAUCCCGAGCAAACCGACCGCACUCGUCUCUUGUCGCGAGCCACCCGAAGCUUCGGCCCCUGACGCGCGGGCGCCCUUCCCCGUCGCCGGGCAUGGCUGGGCAGCAGCCACCGCCCGGCGGCGCCGAGGACGACUUCCUCGAGCACUUCUUCGCCUUCCCCGCCGCGGCCUCCGGCGCCGGCGCCGGCGUCCACGGGGACCAGCCGUUCCCGCUCGCCCUCAGCCUCGACGCCGCCGCCGAGGCAUCCGCCGGCGGCUCCAGGCCGGACCGGGACUCCGUGCAGCUCGCCGGCCUCUUCCCUCCGAUGUUCUCCGGGGCCGGCGGCGUGCAGCAGACGCACCUCCGCGCCGCGCCGCCUCCCCAGAUGUUCCACGCGCAGCCGAAGCCAGGCGAGGGAGCCAUGGCGCCGCAGCCUCCCGCGCCGCGGCCGAAGGUGCGGGCGCGGCGGGGGCAGGCGACAGAUCCCCACAGUAUCGCUGAGAGGCUUAGAAGAGAGAGAAUAGCAGAAAGGAUGAGGGCCCUGCAAGAAUUGGUCCCCAACACAAACAAGACAGAUAAAGCAGCCAUGCUAGAUGAGAUCCUUGAUUAUGUGAAGUUUCUUAGGCUUCAAGUAAAGGUUUUGAGUAUGAGCAGACUGGGUGGUGCUGGUGCAGUUGCGCAGCUGGUUGCUGAUAUUCCACUCUCAGUUAAGCAUGGAUGCACUGAAUCUUGCUUGAACGAGCAGGGUGAGGCAAGUGACAGUGGGAGCACAGAACACAUAUGGGAAAAGUGGUCAACCAAUGGUACAGAAAAGCAGGUAGCGAAGCUGAUGGAAGAAGACAUCGGAGCAGCGAUGCAAUUCCUCCAAUCCAAAGCGCUGUGCAUGAUGCCAAUUUCACUUGCAAUGGCAAUCUAUGACACACAACUUCCACAGGAGGGUCACUCACUGAAGCCUGAACCCAAUACAUCUUCAUAGUAUAGUAACAGUAACUUUAGCGUUCAUUUCACCCCUAAAAUUAUUAGACGUUGACAUAUCCAAAAUGUAAGAUAUACCGGGCAUUUCGAUGUGCCAACAGUGAAGUAGGGAAGGACCUAAAAGAUCAUCUCCUCUCGAAGUAGUACCAAUGGUAUAUGAUGUCGCCUCCCCUUUCCUUAUUUUGUUCAAAGCGGCUUUGAUUGCAAGGAUAUGGUAAGCAAUAUUCUGCUCAUGCUCCUAUAUCUUUCAAUGCACCUAUGAGUGCAAGUGAUGGGUAGAGCUACCAAAGAGUCUGGCCUGCUCUCAUGCUGUUUCCUUUUGGGUCUGUAGUGCACUAGCCAUACACUUUGUGGUAGGGCCGGUCACCCUUUUGGUAGUGGAUGUUUGGACUAAUGAAAAGAGGCUGAUGUAUGUCUGAAGUCUGAACAAAUGGCUGACAAAAUUUGAAAGAAUGUUGAGAUGGAAGAUGAUGUUGAUGGCGAAUGGUGAUGCAAUAUCUUGUCUAUUUUUCCAUAGUGGGAAUGAAGGUUUCAGUCAAUGGAGUCCGAGCAUGCGAUGAUCCGCUUGCUAGUGGGAGAUUUUCUGUCUACAGGUCACAAUCUUGAUAAGAACUGCCUCUUAAAGUUUGUCUUUUUUGUACUACUGGUUCAUUCAUGAAGCUAUAUAUAUUCCCCUAGGCUGA